AUGUCGGCCGUGCCCAGUGUUGAGAACCCCCCCGCGCCGCCGCCGCGGAGCCGCGCGCGCCGUGCGCCGCGCGUGCCGAAGGACGAGAGCGCGGACGGGCAGGAAGAGAAUGAUGAGGCGGGAGACAAGGAGGACGUCGCGGCGCUGCACCGGACGCUCGCCGAGCGCGACGAGCGCAUCGCCCAGCUCGAGGCGCAGCUCGAGAACGUCACCUCGUCGCGCGACGACAUGGUCGAGCGCAGCACCGACUGGCUCUCGGAGCGUGAGGAGCUCCGCAGCCAGACGCAGGAGCUCACGGCCAAGGCCGACGCGGAACGCGAGCGUGCAGACGCCGCCGAAGAGCGCGUGCGCGAGCUGCGCAGGACGGCGGAAGAGAGCCGCCGUGCGAUCAUGCGCCUCUCGUCAAAGAAGCCGGACACACCGCGCGAGGAGACGGAGCGCCACACGCGCCGCGCAAGCGUCGCAUCGACGCUCACGGGCCGUGCGCUCUCGAGCCUCUCGUUCGAGGACCACGACGAGAAGCCGCCGCUGCGUGGCCUGCGCCUGUCGAGCGGCAGCUCGGUAACGUCGCCGACGCCGCAGCAGGUCGAGACUAUGCAGAAAGAUGGCGCGCUGGAAGACGCCGCACCGAUCAAGACGCCCGAGCCGCAGCAAGAAGGCUUUGAAGACGCAAAAGAGGAGCCGGCGGAAGAGGGCGAGGGCGCGGGCGGCAGUACGCUCACCGGCCUGUUUGGCAAGACAUCGCUCCUGCGGCCGGCGUUUUUGAUGCGCAAGCCCGCACCGGGCGAGGCCGCGCCAGAGGGCGAGGAGGGCGCGCCAGAGUCGAUCAGCAAGGCGGAUCUCGAUAAGGCGCACGCCGACCUCGCCGAACUGCGCACGCAGUUCACCAUGCUCCAGGACCAGCUCACCGAGUCAAAGGAGGCCGAGCAGGCGAGCGAGCAGCUGAUCCGCUCGCUGCGCGAGUACAUUGUGAACUCGCAAGGCGGCAACCUCGUCAAGGACGGCGAGCUCGAUGGCGACGUCGGCGCACAGACCGUGGCAGAGAGCGUCGCACAGACCGAGGAGAGCGGCAAGGCGGGCGUGCUCGAAGACAAGCUCGCGGUGGACGAAAAGGCCGAGGCGGAAGAGGCGCAGGAGGACGCAGAAAAGGCCGAGGCCGAGACGACAGUGUAG